AUGCCGAUAAUAUCUAACGAUGAUCAAUUCAAGCUCUUGCUGAGCUGCGUUCGCCACAGCAACAAUGGCAAGGUAGAUUUUCUCCAGGUCGCGAGAGACUGCGGUAUCGCGAGCAAAGCAGCUGCUACGAAACGAUACGAACGACUGGCCCGAAUCUACGGCAUGCAAUCCAUACAUAGGCGUCCUAGGCCCAAAUCCGAAUACAGCGACAUGCAGACGAAAGCCUGCAUGAAACAGAAGCUGAUUGAAUCCCAGGAGGGCAGCAACACCUAUGCGGAUGACGAGGAGGGGUUCGCAGAGGCUCUCAAGCCAGUCAUCAAAGUCGAGCCUGAGAGCAUCGUGGUAGUCAAAACAGAGGACCAUGAUUCUGCGAAUCAUAACACAAAGGUCGGAUGGCAAGGGGAUACGGAACUCAUGCAAUAUUACGACUUCCCUGAAAUCAAAAUCAAGGAGGAAGCCGGAGAAGAGAUGUACAAGAGGGAGCUUGUUCAUGGAACACGUUGUCCUGGACCCAGCCAUGAGGUGUGCUGCACCUCCGCACUAGGCCAGUCGCAACAUACAGUGAUUUCUGAACUGGGUUCUUCAAAAGUUCAAGGAUGUUGUAAUUCGGGUUCAAUCCAAUCCAGCAUGAAGCAAGAGAAUCAGACUCUCCAAAGGCCAGAACCGGUGCAGUCCCCUUUCGCUGAGGGUAGUCAUCCAGAACGUCCUUUCCUUCUUGAUUGA